AUGUAUUACAGCGAUCAUAAAGCCGUUGCAGAGAAGGAGAUUACUUCUCGUAAUUUCUUAUGUUUGGUUGAUGCCGCCGUUAUGUUGUACGAAGAAGAACUCCGCCGUACAGAAAAAUCGAAAUGCCACACGAAGAAGAAGACGAAGACUCUCUCUGCAAAAGAAGAAGAAGAAGAAGAACGCGACAAGAGAAUCUUCCGUCUUUUCCCGAGAAAAACAAGAACUUCGGUGAAGAAAUUCGCUACCAGAGGAAACCCACAAGAGAAUCUUAAUGGGUCUUCUUCUUCUUCAUCGUUUCUUCUCGACCUUAACACGAUCCCGGCUGAUUUGGAGACGAGAAACCCACAAAACCCUUGUUCUUCUUCUUCAUCGUUCCUUCUCAACCUUAACACGAACGCGGCUGAUUCCGAGACCCAAAACCCACAAAACCCUAAUGGAGCUUCGUCUUCUUCUUCAUCGUUUCUCGGAAAUUACAAUAUCGCGGCUGAGCCCAAGAAUACUGAGAUGAGAAACCCACGAAACCCUAAUUCCCAAUCGUCUCUGUCUUCUUGCCAAACAGAGAACAAAAGCCGCAAGAGACGUGUCGCACAAGAUAUUCAGAGUAAACCCAAGAAAGCAAAGGUUGCUACUUUUUCAUGGAAAGGGAGAGAUACUCCUGAGUGGCUAACAUUGUUGAUGAAAGAAGAGAACGAAUCUGUAGUUAAGUGGGGAGAGAGAACCGAUUUGAGGCUAAUCUUUGAGAAGACUCUGUUCAAAACAGACGUGAACCCUGGCGAGAGCCGUCUCUCCAUGCCUUCCAACGAGCUGAUUCAAAAAGAUUUCUUGACCGCUGUCGAGUUUAGAGUCAUAGAAGAAGACAUCAAUAACGAUAAGAAGAUGGGAAUUGGAGCGAUUCUGGUGGAUCAACGGGAUGUAAAGUGGGGUGUGAUGUUAAAAAGGUGGGAGAUGGGUAAAAGAAGCUGGAAUUACGCUUUGACUUGUGGGUGGAACGAGAUAGUCAAGGCUAAUGGAUUGAAACAAGGAGACGACAUCAGUAUUUGGUCAUUCAGGUGGGGUGGUCUCCUCUGUUUUGCUCUUGUUACUCCUCCUCCUUCCAUGGCACAGAGUAGCUCUUCCCUUGCUGACUAGUUGAUUAGUUUGAUAUAUCUGCACAGCGAUCUA